AUGUCGGACUCGAAAGUGCCCGACGCAGAGAAGCCAGCUUCUACUGCAAAUGCAGAAGUUAAAGUCGAUGCAAAAGCUGCUGCAAAACAAAAACCACCCAAUCCUAUGUGGAAGUACCUAGGAUUCGGCGAGAACUUUAGACCUCGAGUUCCUUCCCGCAAUUGGAUGAUAUUCCUCUCCAUUACUGGAUCUUUCACAGCAGCCGUCAUCUACGACAAGAGAGAAAAGAAGAGAGCGCAGAGAAAAUGGUGUAAAUUAGUGGAACACAUUGCGAAGGAGCCUUUAGGGGAUUCUCGUACUAUGCCAAGGAAACUUACGGUUUUCCUCGAAGGACCUCCAACUGACGGAUUACGGGUUGCGCAAGAUCAUUUCAAGGAAUAUGUCAAGCCUAUAUUGGUAGCUUCAGGCUUGGAUUGGGAAUUUAUACAGGGAAGGAAAGAGGGUGAUAUUCGAGCAGAAUUGGCGGAGAAUAUUCGCAAUGCAAGAUUACCAUUUGAGGAAAGUAAAGAGGGACAGGAUCCUAUUUUAUCGACAAGGAAGAAUGCUGGGAUUAAGGAGUUUGAUGGGCCAAGAGGUGAUAUAGUACUUGGACGACAUACGUGGAAAGAAUAUAUCAGGGGUGUACAUGAGGGCUGGUUAGGUCCAUUAACCGAACCCCCUAAACCUGUGGAAGAGAGCCCAGAAGUAGCAGAAACCCCAGCUCCAACCUCGGAAGCCGAAACUCCAGUCGAUUCCCUCCUGGGAAAAACGAUCCACACAAGCACCAAUAGCGAUCCCUCUAAAUCCGAAGAUGCAUCAUCUACUACCACCCCCAAAUACGCAUCCGCAACCCUCCCCUCAUCUUGCCCCGCAGAACUAGACCCUUCGGCCGCAAUCUCAUUCCCUCAUAUCCUCGGGUUUCUCAAUACCCCCACCCGUCUCCGUCGCUUCCUUAAUCGUCGUCAUCUUGCCGAUCAGAUCGGUCGUGACACUGCUGCUAUCAUCCUCGCUACCUAUCGUCCCUAUCACGAUGCUAAUUCCUCCUCUGAAUCUCCAGAAUCCGAAUCUCCAGAAUCCGAACAAGCCACACUCCUCAAAGAAGAAGAGAAAGAAUGGCAUAAAUCCAUUCGCACUCGUACCCCUACGGAUCCAGAGAGAACAUGGUUAGAACCCAUUGUUCUGGAUCAGAGAAUCGCAUCUCGCAUGCGCAAAGCUGAAUUGACGGCGGAAGAAGAAGAAAAGGCGAAGAAGAUAGUAGUUAGUGAGGAAGAGGUAGAGGGAUGGAUUAAAGGUGGAUUGAGAAGUUUAGGACGUUCUGGAAUAGCUUGGUUUGCAGGUGACAAGGAAAAGAAACCAUGGGAACAGGGAAAUGAGGGAGAGGAAAAUGAAUGA